CCCGCCCGCUGGGCGGAGUCGCCUGACCCGGCGCAGCCGGAACCCCGUGGGCGGCGGCGGCGGCCCCCGCGCUGCGGCGGGCGGGGGACGGAGGCAGCGCCAUGGGCGCGGAGCAGAGCGCCGAGGCCGAGAGCCGCCCGGGCGAGCCCAGCGCCGCAGCAUCUCCGUUGCCAGCCAAGCAUCGAGCAAAAAUGGACGACAUUGUGGUGGUAGCCCCAGGGACACAGUCCUCACGGAAUGUCAGCAAUGAUCCAGAUGUCAUAAAACUGCAGGAAAUUCCAACUUUCCAGCCCCUUUUGAAAGGACUCCUCAGCGGGCAGACGUCUCCAACCAACGCCAAGCUGGAGAAGCUGGAUCCGCAGCAGGUGCUGCAGCUGUGCCUGCGCUACCAGGAGCACCUCCACCAGUGCGCCGAGGCCGUGGCCUUCGACCAGAACGCGCUGGUGAAGCGCAUCAAGGAGAUGGACCUCUCUGUGGAAACUCUUUACAGCCUCAUGCAGGAGCGCCAGAAGAAGUACGCCAAGUAUGCGGAGCAGAUCCAGAAGGUCAACGAGAUGUCUGCCAUCCUGCGGCGCAUCCAGAUGGGCAUCGACCAGACGGUGCCGCUGAUGGAGCGGCUGAACAGCCUCCUGCCAGAGGGGGAGCGCCUGGAGCCCUUCUCCAUGAAACCCGACCGGGAGCCGAGGUCGUAGCGCUCCGGCAGCUCCCCCUCCUCACCUUCCACGCUCCACGUUCGGCACAGAAGCGCUUCCAGCAGGCUGCACUGGCGGGUUGGGAGCGGGCAGCGCUGCUGCCGGACUCUGCCAGGGCAGCGGAGGGAGAGCGGCGUCAGCUGCCGGAGCCGCAGAGCCAGGAAUCCAGGAGCUCCCUGGAGGAGAUGAUUUACCGUUCUCUCAGCUCCCUCCUCUUGCCCUCCUGGCUCCUCUGCCGCUACACCGCCUGUGCAGACACAUUUGUUUCAUUGCUGUGAUGAGUCGGGGUUUACAGAGAAGGAAUUUCCUUUUAUCUGAUUUAAUUUUUUUACUAAAAAAAUUUCAAAGGGAUAUGGGGUGUGAUGAACCCUCUAACAUGUUUUUUGUGCCAUUGGGGUUUAGACAAUUGGAUGGCUGGGAGGUAUUUCUGAGAUGCCCUGGCCUUGGAAAUAUGUGUGUUUUAUAGGGGAAAGUGUGGGAGCCAGGAACUGGCUUACUAAAAUCUGGCCAUUGUCAUAAUUAACAUGGUUUGCACAGCAGGAUUUUGGCAUGUCCAUGAGGCUCCUGUUUCUAUGGGCUCACUAAUUUAUGAGGCUGUAAAGGAGUAACUGUUCUAGAUAUGUAUGUCUGUUAAUGUAAAGCAAACCUUAGUGUUCCUCUCCCUCUUCCCCAGCAAUGUCCCCGUUCCCCAGCUGGUGGCAUUUCAUGUCCCUCUGACAGGCACCGGUACCAACCUGCUCACUUUGCAUCUCAAAACUGGACACAAGGUGUCUUUUUUUAUUUGGACACUCAAGUUACCUUGGUGCUGUCUUUUUUACCAGUGGAGUGCAGCUGCUUCUUCAAGUGCAUAAGGGGGGAGAGGAGAGACGUGAGAAGUCCUUUGGCUCUUUGUGUUGGUUUAGCUGCCCUUGUGCCGGGAGCUGGUGGUGGCACGCUGCUGAACGACUGAAGCCACGGGGUCCUUCUCAGCCACCUGCUCCAAAGGCAGUGGGAUGUUCUUGCCUCCUGCCAGGCUGAAGAGCCCAUAAACCCCAAGGGUUGUUGUGUGUCAGGAGUGCAGCUCCAGCAGUGAGGACAGUCAGGGACAGCCCAGCUGCCAGUACAGCACAAGGUAGGGUCACUUGCCAAAGGUAAUUUGCUUCAAUAUGUCUUAGUACUUAAGAGCAUUUAUUAAGCAAAAGGCUGUCUCUGAGCAUUUGGAAGUAAGAGUGCAGCAGGUUUUUGAUUGUAAUAAUUAUUGCCUGGUGGCAAGAAGCAGCAGGCUGUUCUCUUGUUGCAUUCCCAAGGGUCAUGUAGUGUCAAUUUUUGUCAUACAGACUGCAGGCAGCUUAGAUGUGCAUCUGGUGGUUGGAUCCCAGGGCCUGCUGAACACUAUCUAGAGGCAGAGUCCUGUAGAAAUGAGGCCCCCUGGAAUGAUGCCCUAGGAAGUGGGACUGACUGCUUCAGGGAGGGCAGGGAACUCAGCAGGAGGGUUUUUAGCAAAGGCAGCAGGUCUCCUUGCCUGCUGCUCCAAUCCCAGAGGUUUUACACAGUUGUAUGUACAUAGGCAUAUGCUGUGUGUUGCCCAGGAUAAAACAUCAGAAUUCCAUCCUUGUUCAAGCUUCCUGCCAUGUUUUACACUUGGAUUGUGAAAAGCUUACAUGAGACUUAACCCAGGAAAAGCUGCUUGUCAUGGCCAUGCCCUUGUGGGUCCUCAUUGUCCAUCAUGGAAUGUGUCUCUGCCUCCCACCAUCAGACACAAGAAUAUUGAGCUGCUUUAAAUAGUGGCUGCAGCCAUUUUUGUCUUCUUUGUCCAGAUGAUGCUGUCUGGAUGUUUAAAAUGUGCGACAUUCAGCUGUCUGCCAGACGGGAUCAGGAGUGUCCCACACCCUGGUGUGCUGGAAGCCUGUGCCAGUGGGAAGAUCCUGAUACUGGAUGUCAAGGCAGAUGCUCUCUCCUGUAAGACACUUCUCUGAGGCUUGUAGACGUUUGGCCUCAGGCCAUUGAGUAUCAGAUCAAAGCAUUGCUCCCUGCAGUGCUAAUGAGGGCAAAGGAACAGUAUUCCCAGCUGAAGGCUGCAGGAGUGAGCGCUGCAAAUCAGCUCCUUCCUCAUUUGCCAGAAAACACCAAGGCACUGGGCUGAGAAUGGGAGAAAACCUUUGUUCCUAGGAACAGUAGUCUUUAAACUUGUGGCUGUGCUGCUGGGCCUCACAGACAGAGCUUCUUGAACAGCAAGGGCAGGUUGUGGAAGGCGUAGUAACUGAACUAGAAAGAAAUUAGAGCUGAAAUGUGAAGGCCAACUUUUUCCAGUGCUCACAUGUCACCACCUUCAUUCCACAGGUGAUAGUCUCUCAUAUGAGUACUGUAAGAAACAUGCACCCUCUAAAUGCCCUUGAACGAUGGUUUACAGUUUUAUUUAAAACAUUGUCACUGCCUUCAGGAACUGUAAGUCUUUGCCCCUCUUGCUGAGGGGGAGAUGUGUCCUGCCACGUCUUCUUGAGCUGCUGUUUGCUGCUUGGCUGCUCCUUGUUGGCUUUGCUCCACAUGCUGCUUUCAGCUUCAGCUCAGAUGUAAGUGAUGCUCAGGGUAAGACUGACGCUUCCCUCCCACGCUGUUUAGCAGGAGCUUGGAGAUGUGACUGGAAUCACCUUUCAGUGCAGGAAUUUCCUUUCCCAAGCCAAACGCUCUUGGAGGAGGCCUCAGGUAUCUUUUGUGAAUGUACCAGCUGUUACUUCUAUCACAAAUUUAGUGCUAUGAACAGUGAAUAAUCUGGUGUGCUGAAACCAGACACUGCUGCCCUUUUCUGCUUUCUGCUGGUGUGUGGUCUGGGUACAGGCUAAGCUUCUUGAUACGUGAUCUUGUGAAAAGCUGGGGAGCAGGACGAGUCACUGGAGCUGUGGUUCCCCUCUGCCCUGAGCUGCUCUGGCCCUUCCCCUGACUCUGCUCUUGCAACGCCCGCGUUGUGCUGCCACUGGUGCUCCUUGUGUCUCACACUGGUCACUGUGCUGCCCAUGCAGAGCAGGUUUGCUUUGUUGUUUCGUUGUUUUUGUCACUGUAUGCGUUGACAGGGUGCUAAAGUGCCAGCCUACCUGCAGGGCAAUUCCUGUGAAGAUCUGCUGAAGGGGAGAGAAAAGAGUUUUUGUUGUUGUUUUUUUUUUAAUGUAUGUAUUUUAAAUUAAAUAUAUUUAAAUAUUCUUAAAUAUUUUAGUGUGUUUUCCCCUCCUCCAAGCUUUUACACAGAGAGAGUAGAAAUACACAUUUUCGCAGCCCAUUGGUUGCAUGAGCCAGCUCCUCUCUCAGACUGUGUGCCAGAAGCUUCCCGAGGUACUGCUGGAACAUCCCUCCAGUUCCCAAGUUGCCAGAGGGUAUUUUGAUUGCCAGCCUUGUGGCUGAGCACUCCAUGGUUUAUGGGUGGUUACCCCGUUCAGCUUCCUACAUGCUCCGUCUUCCACAGCUCCAGCAUUAAAACUUUUGGUGUGGCUCUUUUCCAAGCGUGUUGUUUCUCCAGUUGCCUUACUGCUCAUUCUUCAUUCCCGCAUCCCACCGUGGUGUUGGGCAGUGCAGGCGUAUCUCAGCUUUACUUUGAACUCACUCUGUGACACGGAGGUGGCUGAUUUCAGCUGCCCUGGGGCUGCCUCUGCCAUGGGAUGGAAAGAAAAUGGAAUGAAAAUAAAUGCCGGUUGGUUUUUUUCCCCUGAUGCUGUCCCAGUUCUGGUUGGCACUGAUGUCCAGUUUGAAUAGAAGAUAUGAGCAGCAAUGCUUGGGACUUGGCAUUGGGAAAGUGGAAUGGUGAUGAACUCUCACCUGCACGGGUGAUACUGAAUGAAGAGAGGCAGAUUUACAGGG